AUGGCGACCCUGCACCCUCCCCCAAGCAUCUAUGCAGUCCGCCCCUUCACCCAGAAGUCACUGGCGGAGAUCGAGAGGCUCAAGGAGGAAAGAGAAAAGGCCGCAGAAGUAGAAGUAGGCCAAGAGGAGCAAGAGCCAGCAGCCCCGAAUGCUGACCUGGAGGCGGGCAAGAACCUGCCUAUGAUCUACGGAGACCCUCCACCAGAGCUGCUCAACACGCCUCUGGAGGACCUGGACCCCUUCUACGAAGCACAGAAAACAUUCAUUGUGAUCAGCAAAGGAAACACGAUCUACAGCAUGUUCAUCAUGAUUACGAUUCUCUCGAAUUGUGUAUUCAUGACGAUGAGCAACCCACCAGCAUGGAGUAAAACCGUCGAGUAUGUUUUUACUGGUAUUUAUACCUUUGAGGCAACCGUCAAAGUGUUGUCCAGAGGUUUCUGUGUUGGACCUUUUACAUUCCUUCGAGAUCCAUGGAAUUGGCUGGAUUUCAUGGUGAUCAGCAUGGCAUACAUCACUGAGUUUGUUGACCUUGGCAACGUGUCGGCCCUCAGGACAUUUCGUGUACUUCGAGCCCUCAAAACAAUUACUGUGAUUCCUGGUUUGAAAACCAUCGUGGGCGCUUUGAUCCAGUCAGUAAAGAAGAUGGUGGACGUCAUGAUUCUGACCGUCUUUGCUCUCGCAGUUUUUGCCCUUGUCGGCCUUCAGCUUUUCAUGGGAAAUUUGCGUCACAAAUGUGUGCGGUGGCCUAUUGAAUUAAAUGAAACUGAAUUUUUUAACACCACAUCAGCAUUCAAUGACACCAUGUCCUUCAACAACACCAUGGGCGGAAAUUAUACAACGUAUUCCAACGGUACCUUCAAUUUUAUGGAAUACAUAGAAAACCCAGAUAAUCACUAUUAUUUGGAAGGCAGCCUAGAUGCUCUUCUUUGUGGGAACAGCUCUGAUGCUGGAAAGUGCCCCGAAGGAUACACAUGCAUGAAGGCUGGGAGGAACCCCAACUAUGGCUACACCAGCUUUGACUCUUUUGGCUGGUCCUUCCUGGCCCUCUUCAGACUCAUGACCCAGGACUACUGGGAGAACCUUUUCCAGCUGAUCCUGCGGGCGGCUGGUAAGACAUACAUGCUGUUCUUUGUGGUGAUCAUCUUUCUGGGCUCCUUCUACCUCAUCAACCUCAUCCUGGCCGUGGUAGCCAUGGCGUAUGAAGAGCAGAAUCAGGCAAGUCAGCGAGAGGCCAUAGAGAAAGAGGAGGAGUUCCAGCGGCUACUGGAGCAACUCAAGAAUCAAGAACAGGCUCAACUUGGGAGCCGAGCCACUCUAAUCAGUAAAAAGACGCUCAGUCAUCACACAUCAUCUGAGUUGGCUGAUGAUGAACAGAGUCUUGAACAGGACAAAUUCAUCAAGGAUUGUAACGGGAGAAUCAUUCCCCAUCUGCUCAUCAGAGCACCCACCAUGGAUGAGUCUGCUGCAGAUGACGAACUCAGAGAGAAGUCACUGGGCUCUGCGCACAGCAUGCUUCAUGUGGAAGAAUCAGGCCUGACACAGAGAUCUGCUAGUGCUAUGACUGUGCUCUCUGCAGCUGCUAUGGAAGAGUUGGAGGAUUCUCAGAGGCCGUGCCCACCUGGCUGGUACAAGUUUGCCGAUAUGUUCCUGAAGUGGAACUGCUGCACGCCCUGGGUGACCUUUAAAGAGUGGGUGCUCUUUGUGGUGAUGGACCCCUUUGUCGACUUGGCCAUCACCAUUUGCAUCGUGCUCAACACCCUCUUCAUGGCCAUGGAGCACUAUCCCAUGACCCCGGAAUUUGACAACAUGCUCUCAGUGGGGAAUCUGGUUUUCACCGGGAUCUUCACAGCGGAAAUGUUCUUCAAGCUCAUCGCCAUGGACCCCUACUAUUACUUUCAAGUUGGCUGGAACAUUUUCGACAGCAUCAUUGUCACUCUCAGUCUAGUGGAGUUGGGUCUGGCAAAUGUCCAGGGACUCUCUGUGCUCAGGUCUUUCCGUCUGCUUCGUGUCUUCAAGCUAGCCAAAUCCUGGCCCACACUCAACAUGCUGAUCAAAAUCAUUGGUAACUCAGUAGGAGCUUUAGGAAACCUGACUUUGGUGCUGGCCAUCAUCGUCUUCAUCUUCGCCGUGGUGGGCAUGCAGCUUUUUGGCAAGAGCUACAAGGACUGCGUGUGCAAGAUAUCCUCAGAGUGCGAGCUGCCGCGCUGGCACAUGAAUGACUUCUUCCACUCGUUCCUCAUUGUGUUCCGCAUCCUGUGCGGAGAGUGGAUCGAGACCAUGUGGGACUGCAUGGAGGUGGCCGGAGCUGGGAUGUGUCUGGUUGUGUUCAUGAUGGUCAUGGUCAUUGGAAAUCUUGUGGUGUUGAACCUCUUCCUGGCCUUGCUGCUCAGCUCGUUCAGUGGAGACAACCUCUCAGCGGGAGACGAUGACGGAGAGAUGAACAACCUGCAGAUCGCCAUUGGCCGGAUCACGCGGGGCAUUGACUGGUUCAAGGCUUUCGUCGUUCGAACGCUCCUGCAGAUUCUUCACAGAAAGCCCAAGGAGCCUGAGGAGGGUCCAGUGGACGAAGCGGACCCUAAAAUGGAGGGAAUUGAAAUGAACCACUUGGAAACCAGUCAGAAUUUCAAAGCGGCAGAUGGAAUAGCUAACUGUGUAGUUGAAGGCCGGCCUGCUGGAUUUACUGUGGAUGGAGAGCUCAGUCUCAAUGUGCCAAUUGCCCAGGGAGAGUCAGACUUUGAAAACCUGGGCGAGGAUGAUGAUGAUGAUGAUGAUGAUGAAGAAGAUGAAGAUGAUGCUGAUUAUGAUAAUGACUUUUCAUCUGAGAUUUCAGAUGAACAAAAUGACCAACAUAACACACUCAUGGGUGCUUUGACUGAUGGGGAUUCUUCAAUAUGCAGCACAGUGGACUAUCAACCACCUGAGCCUGAACCAGAAGAAGUGGAAGAAGAAGAGCCAGAGCCAGUGGAGCCGGAGAGCUGCUUCACUGACAACUGUGUGAAGCGCUGGCCAUGUCUGACUGUGGACAUCACCCAAGGCAGAGGCAAGAAAUGGUGGAACCUCCGUAGGACUUGCUUCACCAUUGUGGAGCAUGACUGGUUUGAAACCUUCAUAAUCUUUAUGAUCUUGCUCAGCAGUGGAGCUCUGGCCUUUGAAGACAUAAACAUAGAAAGACGCCGAACCAUCAAAAUUAUUCUGGAGUAUGCUGACAAAGUUUUCACCUACAUCUUUGUCAUCGAGAUGCUCCUUAAAUGGGUGGCUUAUGGCUUCAAGACUUACUUCACCAACGCCUGGUGUUGGUUAGACUUUUUCAUCGUAGAUGUCUCCCUGAUUAGUUUAGUUGCCAACUGGAUGGGCUACUCUGACCUUGGACCAAUCAAAUCCCUCAGAACCCUCAGGGCACUAAGGCCUCUCCGAGCAUUGUCGAGAUUUGAAGGGAUGAGGGUGGUGGUGAACGCUCUUGUCGGGGCGAUUCCCUCCAUCUUCAACGUGCUUCUGGUGUGUUUGAUCUUCUGGCUUAUCUUCAGCAUCAUGGGAGUUAACCUGUUCGCCGGCAAGUUCUACCGCUGCAUCAACACCACCACAGAGGAGCUCUUCCCCAUGACAGAGGUCAACAACAGGAGCGACUGCAUGGCCAUCAAAGAAGCCACACAGGAGGCACGCUGGGUCAACGUCAAGGUCAACUAUGACAAUGUUGGGAAAGGAUACCUGUCCCUACUUCAAGUGGCUACUUUUAAAGGUUGGAUGGAUAUCAUGUAUGCUGCUGUUGACUCAAGAGAGGUAGAGGAGCAGCCUUCGUAUGAGAUCAACCUCUACAUGUACAUAUACUUUGUCAUCUUCAUCAUCUUUGGCUCUUUCUUCACACUCAACCUCUUCAUUGGUGUCAUUAUCGACAAUUUCAACCAACAAAAGAAAAAGAUAAAUAAGGACAUAUUUAUGACUGAGGAACAAAAGAAAUACUACGAAGCCAUGAAGAAACUGGGUUCCAAAAAGCCGCAGAAGCCAAUUCCACGUCCGACAAACCCAAUCCAGGGCAUGGUGUUUGACUUCAUCAGUCAGCAGUUCUUUGACAUCUUCAUCAUGGUGCUCAUCUGCCUCAAUAUGGUGACCAUGAUGGUGGAGACAGACAAUCAGAGCGCGGAGAAGGAGGAUUUCCUCUUUAAAGUAAACGUGGCUUUUAUUGUCGUCUUCACCGGAGAGUGUGUGUUGAAGCUUGUUGCCCUGCGACAAUACUUCUUCACCAAUGGAUGGAACAUUUUUGAUUUUGUUGUGGUCAUCUUGUCAAUAGCAGGUACAAUGCUCUCAGACCUGAUUGAGAAGUACUUUGUGUCACCGACUCUGUUCAGAGUGAUCAGACUGGCCAGAAUAGGCAGGAUUCUCCGUCUUAUUAAAGGAGCAAAGGGCAUUCGGACGCUUCUCUUUGCUCUAAUGAUGUCACUUCCUGCCCUAUUCAAUAUUGGUCUCCUGCUCUUCCUCAUUAUGUUCAUCUUUUCCAUAUUUGGCAUGUCAAACUUCGCCUAUGUUAAAAAGGAGGCUGGAAUCGAUGACAUAUUUAACUUUGAGACGUUUGGCGGCAGCAUCAUCUGCUUGUUUCAGAUCACAACAUCAGCAGGCUGGGACGGGCUUUUACUUCCAAUGCUGAACAGGGAGCCUCCAGACUGUGAUCCAGACUUCGAGAACCCAGGCACGGACGUAAAGGGUAACUGUGGCAACCCGGGUAUGGGCAUGAUGUUCUUCUGCAGCUACAUCAUCAUCUCAUUCUUAGUGGUGGUCAACAUGUACAUUGCCAUCAUCUUGGAGAACUUCAAUGUGGCGCAGGAGGAGAGCGGUGAUGCGCUCUGUGAGGACGACUUUGAGAUGUUCAAUGAGACUUGGGAGAAGUUCGACAUAGAUGGAACUCAGUUCAUUGAGUAUAGCCAGCUCUCCGAUUUUUGUGAUACAUUGCAGGAGCCGCUGAGGGUGGCGAAGCCCAACCGGCUUCGCCUGAUCGAAAUGGAUCUGCCCCUGGUCAUCGGGGACAGGAUCCACUGCCUGGAUGUCUUGUUGGCCGUCACACAGAUGGUCUUGGGAGACACAGUGGAGAUGGCAGCAAUGCGGGAGAGCAUUGAAGCUAAGUUUAUCCUGAGCAACCCCACCUCAGACUCCUUCGCGCCGAUCACCACGACGGUACGCCACAAAGAAGAGCAGAGCGCUGCUGUGGUCAUUCAGAGGGCUUACCGCAAGCACCUGCUGAAACGCUGCAUACGCCACGCCGCUUUUAUGCACCGCUCCAAGAGGAUGGGGAGAAAGGAGGAAAGUGAAGAUCCACCGGAAAAAGAAGGGCUGCUCGCGCGAAAGCUGGGAGUGCUCUAUGGGAGCAAUGUGGACCUGGCAGAGGAGAUGGAGCAGGCCGCGUUAGAGACUCUAGCAAGCCAAGAGCCUCCUAAUCCUGAGACAUUGUCACAUUACCCAGGGGCCCAGUGUGGUCCAGAACCACCUGAGCCAAACAUCAUGGUUGUGCCCGUAGAAAUAACUAAUGAGGUUUUAUUACAUUCUGCCCCCCACCAACACCUCCUGACCCUACAGGAAAACCUGAGAGAGUCAAUUGUAUAA